GAAAGAAAAAUAUAUCCUUUAAAAUAAUAAAUACUUUGUCCCAUAAGGACAAAAUUUCUUUUUUAAAGGAAAAAUUAAUUUACAGAAAGAAAGACGAUCGUGGUUUUGACAACAUCAUUGCAAUAUAUUAUGAUAUAUUAUCAAAUUGUAUAUAUCGUUAUUAUUCAUGUUGAAAUUAUUACAUAAUUAAAUUAAGUUUAUGUUGUUUAAAUUAUUACUAAACGCAUGAUGUAAAUAUAUGAUUAGUAGGAAUGCAAAAAGGGUUAUGUUUACUUGUUGUUGAACGUCGAAUCAAAUCGCGCAUCUUACGCUUGCGCGUAAGUAACGUAACUCCGCACGUAUCAGCGAAAAAUCGUCUGCUACUUUUGUUUAAUUGUGUUGUGUGUUAUUGAAAACAAUUGAAAAAAUAAUAAUAAUAAUAAUAUAUAUUGAUAAUUUCCUAUUUUUUAUGCUGAAUUCAAGAACAGUGAGACUUUUAAUUUACAGCAUUGGAAUUGUUUUGUUAAUGUCAUUGAAAUUAGUAAUAACAGAGAAUCUCGGAAUGUCAAAACUUGUGACUGUUGAUUUUGAGAUAUACGGAAGAGUACAGGGUGUUUGCUUCAGAAAAUGCCAAUUUCUGGGUGUGAGACACAGCAUAUCACCAGUUGUGAGACGGUGUCAACACCCAUCUGGGCAGCAUAAAAAAUACGACUUUGCAGGCACACCCGGGUACCCGGGUAGCAAAAUCCAAGUCGCUACCAAAGUACAGAUCUGAUGCAGACCUGUUAUUCUAGAUCUGGAACGGAUCUGGAAUUUUACAUGGUCCAAAGCAGAAGCAGACUUGGUAACCAAUUAAACAGCUCUAUCUAUA